CUUUUUCUUCGCCCGUCGGUUCCGCCCCUCGCUGUCUGGCAUCAUCUUCUUCUUCCCUGGGCUGCGUGAUACAGAAUCGGUUUUCCCUACAGAAUCUCACCAUCCGCACCAUCGGGCCACCCAUCAGUCUUGUCAUCUCGCAGCAGGAGGCUGUCAGACCCAGCUCCGGCACCCUGUAUCCAAAAGCAGGACCAGACAUGGAGGCCAAAGCAGUCGUUGCCACGGCUGGCUAGUGGCCGUUCGCCUACCAGCUUCGAGCGAGCGAGAAAUCAGAAAAAUAGAGGCACAGCCAGGUCUAGACAACGCGCUACAGGACGAGACGAGACGAGACGAGACGGAAACAAAUCAGCAUGCCAACUAGUGCCUGUGUGUGGCUUGCCCCAUUCCCUUCAAGACCGUCUUACAGUCUUCCAGAUGGCUUGUCGUUUCUACCCAUGCGGCAAUGGAGACAAUCUGAGCCGGUGGCUUCUUUUAGCUCGUCCUCCAUUCCCUAGCCGUGGCGGUUGUCAAGGUCUAGACAUCACUCGCAGUCCAACUAUGAUGUCGUUAUUGAUGAAAACACUCAUACCGUCGCGUCGGAUACUCAACUUCUUCACCAUGAACCUCCAUGGCUCAGGAAUUCUGCUCCUCCGGUUCCCAGUACUCGCAAUCCGCUUUGUCUUUCACUUUCCUACUCACGCCGGUUGCGCAACGACUCUUUUUUUGACACACUCUCCCCCUGCUAAUAUCAUGAUGCAGAUUGCAUGAGACUGGAACUGUUAAGGGUUUUGACACAGUUUACCGGCUUUCUGUUUUAUUAGGCAUCUUGAAUAAACUACCCCUAUCGCCGAGCGUUUCCUUCUGACAGAUAAUUCAACUAUCGCCCAUUUUCUACAACCCAAACGCAACCUCCCUACCUAUGUGUGCUAUCCUCUUCUCGUUUGUCCUGGACGACCGCUUGCGCACCGGUAAUAGUGCUGGCCAAACCCUCAUUUCAUCUUUUGCCAGUUCUGCUACCACACACACACACACACACAAGCCCAAGUCUCGACCCCCAGUCCGACAUAGGUUCAUAGAUACCCACCACACGCCCACCCCCCAAGGAGUAGAUUGAACACGCCCCCCCCCCCCCCCCCAAUACCUUGCCGGUACUCAGCAUCCGCCGCCUCUGCCUGCAUAGCUUUUACAUAUGUACACUGCAGCCCACCACCAUUUACAACCUUCAUCCUUCCGUGUGCUUAAUAGUGUUACUAUCUGAGAAGCCCGCUGACCCCAACCCCGACCUGCCAAUUCUGCUUUUCAAGCCUUGCCUUAUGCGCCGCGGCGUCUGGUCCUCGUAGCAAACCACUGCCCACUCUUUCUCUUCCUACUACCUAGUCCGAUUCAACUCUCACGGCCCUGUCACGUUCUCUUUCCUCUCACUGGUCACUCAAAUAGAUACACACAAGCCUUUCUUUCCUACAUCAGCACCUUCACUCAGCAAACAUCAUCUCUCUUUCCUCUCAACACCCCAAGCUGGCCCGACGCGGAGAAAGAACCGGACUGCAACGGAUUACCAAAGCAACUCUAGCCGCCCAUUCAUUUCGCUUUCAAGGUCAAGUAGCAUCACAAAAGAGAGGCACACGGACCAGAGGCAGUAGACGACGGGCCGGGCCUCCUCGUACGGCAAAGGAUCGACCGUGUGGCUACCCAGUUGAGUCGAGUGUUGCACCCGCAGUUCAACAACCCCAGACAGAACCUGCAACCAGGACUGGCCCUUCUCGUUUAACGGACCUACAGAGAGAGACGCGGCUAGUCAGUCGGAUUCAAAGACGACAUCCCCCCCCGUCCCUUUCCAGCACCUGUCUGCGCCUGCAACGCACUUGCGUCCGAGUCACUCCACGCUCCAGGGCUUCUUGACCUACAAAGCAGACCGCCUGCACGCUGCGCUUCCAUACCAAUUGGCCACUCCUAUCAUGCAUGCUGUUUUCCGUUCAUGAAGCCAAAACCGACCAAUAUCUGUCGGGACCAGGAAUCCCCACACUUGGCCCGUGGUGCCAUUUCAUCAGCAAAGGCAGACCUAAGGGCGCGAUCUCCUUCCCGCCAUCAUCAACCUGGAACCAGGUUUUGACGAUCACAGUCUGUCAAAUAUCACCACUCGCAGCCUGAAAAGCCCGGCUCCCUGGGUUCCGGCUUCAGUCGAGCACAGUGAUAUAAACAAUGAACCACUCCAUCAUGGGUGCCGCCACCAUGGACCAGGACAAUCACCUAGUCCAGGACGAGGACAGCCACAUGGCUCACAACCACACCUUCGGCAACGAUGGUUGGAGCGAUAUGAGUCCAUACGGACAUCAAAAUGGUCUCUCAGAUUACGGAGGUUUUGCUUUCAUGCCAACAGUCAGCCAUGGACUGCCGUCCGAAUCCAUCGGCAGGAUGGCUCCUCCGCCAGCUCCUGUCCAGCCAAUGCAGUCUCACCAACAAUCCCAUGCGCAGCUUCCAAUGCUCAUGAUACCCUCUCAACCAACGUGGCCCAGCAUGUUGACGAAUCCCAACAGCUAUUCGGCACCACCCUUAGGAAUGGCACCUAUAGUUGCUCCGGCGCCCUCGAGACCUACAACACGAUUGCCCAACGGCCCACAACCCCAACAGCGCAGGGUGUUGAGCGAUGACGACCGGAAAAAGAUGUGCCAGUAUGCUGCUGAGCACCCCAACGUAAAGCAGACGGAUAUCGGUGCCAUGUUCGGUGUUGAAAGAAGCACCGUAUCUAAGGUUCUACGGAAUAAGGAGAAGUAUCUCAAUCCAGAGGCAGACAGAAGUCAGUCUCCCGCUGGCAGGCGGCACAACAAGGGAAAGUUUCCUGAUAUCGACCGAGCUGUUGCCGCGUGGGUCAGAAAACAGCAACAAGCCGGCUUGACCCCGAGUGACGACGAGAUUCUUGAUCAAGCAAAGCACUUCUCCCGGACUACCAACGGCGCUGAAGCCAGUCUGCUAAAGUCCAUCAACACCACGUGGCUGGAAAGAUUCAAGCAGAGAAACAUCUUGGUUUCUGGAAAGCUCUUGCGCCGAGCAUCUGAAACGAACAUUACGGACCACGCAAAGCUCUCUGGCUCUCCGUCCCUUGGAGCAUCUGCCGUCUCACCGGCAUCCCCAACAGGGCAUCCGUCUCCGCUCUCGGCCGAUAGAAGCGACGAAGAUGCCGUGCAUGGUCUUGGGUUCGUCGGUUACGGGGAAGGCGGCGCAUACAAGCACACCAACUCGCAAAGCACGACGUCUCUCAACAGCGCCUUGACAGACACAGGUAACUCAUCCUUCUCCGGGAGUGCCCUAAGCCCGACAGCAACAUUCACAUUCUCUCCCGACCCCAACACUGGGCAGUUUCUUGCCAACGACCCAUCCCGCCAGCUGCACGGGGGAGCUGGGUCGAACUUCCAAAGACCGAGGAGCCAGACAUUCCCGACUCUCGACAUUGAAUACAUGAACCAAGUCGGGGCAACAGAGUCAAUGACUCCAAAGUACCAUCCUGCUUCCACAGCACCGUCUUCCGCACUGGAAUCGCCUGUCCACGAGAUGGCAGCGCCGCAUUUUUGUCUGGAUACUGCCAUCUCCUCCUCGCCUCAUCUUCAUCACAGCAGUAGCAACAGCAGCAUGGCCGGCCGAUCAACCACGACACCUGCAGGUUCUUCCCCAACGUCGCCAACUCAGGAGGAUGCCCGAAAGGCCGCAGAUACUCUGCUGAGCUACAUCCAAAGCAACAGUGGAGGGGCGCUACUGGAUCAAACCGAGUACAUGAUGAUGAUAAGAUUGACGGAGAAGCUACGAUUACAACAGCAUCAGCUUGUCAAGACCGGGGCGCCUCAAUCGUUGGGUAUCUUGGAUCGGAUUCCUGAGGGAGACACUGAGAUGUUGCCACAACACCCGCCCCCAAUGCAUCUCGAGACCAAAUCCGAGCCGGUUGUGACUCAGUGAUGACAACCUCUCUACUUUCUCCAACGGCUCACUACAGUACCGUCAUUCUCCUUUUCCAACAUAAAGUUUCUGAUCUCCUUAGGCGUUUGUUUGCUUUGGUCUUGGGCAGGGUCAGGAAACGGCCGCAUCGCGCAUGUGUGCGUGGGCAGCGACAACAGAAUAAUGGACCAUUAUAUUGGUUACCAACCUCUAGACUCGGCGAAAGUUCUGCAAAGAACGCAACCAGCUUGCCGGAUCAGGUUUCGGUUUCGGGGCGGGGGCCGAAACACACAUGUCAUCAACGGUACCUGUUGAAAGGGAUUCAGAGGUCCCAGGCAUACACGCUUUCAGUCUCACGACGACCUCCAAGCCCACUUUUGAUGUACUUUGAAGUCUCCUACCCCCCCCCCCCUUUUUUUUUUUCCCAGCUCAGAGAUGACGAGUUCGAGCGUCUCGCCUCCCUGAUUACCAGUCUCACGACAUUGAAAUUUGGCAGAAUAUACCAUAUCGUUUAUAGGGUUGGGGAGGGUUUGCAUCAGACGACUUCUGUAAGGGCGACAUUCUAUCUUGUGUUGUUCUUUUCCUUUAUUUUCCUCUUACGUUUGGAACAAAGCAACAUCAAUCCCAUACUCAACACUACUACAAUCAGCAUUUUCAUAUACCCCAGUCACAUCACCACUCCCUCAAGGGAAGAACUUUCCGCUCACGCGAACACCGAAAAUUCUCCAUUGCGCAGCUUUUCUAUCUUUGCUUUCUUCCUCCUCCUCUUCUUUUCCAUUUCAGCUAUGCCUUUUUUGUUGAACCACUUUCACAGCUACUUUAGUGCGAAUUUCUGCGGGUCAUUUUGUUUUCUUCGCCUUCUGGCUCCUGGUCCGAUUCUUCACCGUAUUGUCUCCUUUCUUUCAUGCUCUCUGCAUU